AUGAGGCCAACUGUCCGCCUCUUCGCGGCCGUGAAAGCCGGUGCAGGCCGCUACCUCGAGCCCGGCAACCCUACCGGCCUCACUGGCCUCUUCACCCACCCCUCCCCUCGCUCCACCCUCCUCUACCUCUACCACAGCACCCUCGACAAACUCCAAUCAUUUCCCGACCACUCCGUCUACCGACAAUCCGCCGAAGCACUCACAAACCACCGUAAGCGCAUCAUCGAAGAGAUAAAGCCUGCUGGCCUGGAAGAAUGGCAGCAGCGCGCAAAAGAGAAAAUUGAGGAAUACCCGCAUCUGUUUCGGCAGGGAGAAAGUCAACACGUAUACCAGGAGGCUGGGAAAGUCGGGUUUGUCGAGACAAAGGAAGUACCGACGGAGUUUGGAGGGGAGCCUUUGGAGUGGGAUGGCGAGAAGGGACAGCCGUCAAGGGAGGGGGGCCAUGAUGAGGACGGCAGGAGCUACAAUGCGAGGGAACUCAUGAGGAAGCAGGAGGAUACGACGACAGUAGAGUGGGAGCCUGAGCCGAGUUUGGAUGCUGCGCAGAUUGAUGAUGCGGAGCAGAAGAUUGGUGCUGGAUUGAUUGAGGAGGUGAUACAAGUCGCUGAGGGAGAACUGAAGCUGGCAGAUACCAUGCUUGAGCAUAAAGUGUGGGAGGAUUUGGAGGAGAAGCCGCUGCCUGAGCAGUGGCAAUAUUUUUCGAGAGAUCAGCAUACACGAGGGACGCAAGAACCGCCGAAGUAG